GUGGCGGCAGUGUCAGGGCCAAGGUAGCUGGUAGUAUGGUGGUGGGGCGGGAUGAAUGUAGGCCACAGACCUUAGUCUUAUUGUGACUGUGGAAGAAGAAGCACCCUGGCGCUUUCGUUCUCUCCCGUGGGCUUACUUUACUUCAACUACUACUACUACUGGUGCUCUCUCCUGGCUGUGAACUCCUAACAUUUUUUAAUGUUUUUACCACCAGAAAGUUUAUUCGUUUCUUUUUCCACCGAGAGAAAACAAAUUCCAAACUUGAAACUUCGAGCGUUGCAGUGUUACCUGUCUGUGCCUUUUUGGAUCUAGUUGCCUCUAAGAAAAACCAAAUACAAAUAAUAAACACAUACACUCUUGUGGAUGUUACUGCAUUUACAUCAUCUGUGUGAUCAUAAGUGUUCUUUACGAGUGCUGUGAUAAAUCUUUUGAAAUUUUACCCUCUUCAUAGAACCCCUGGACUGGAAGUGACCUGCAGGUAAAAUGUGCUUACGUGUGUGGAGGGAGGUGCCGCCAAUCAUCUUAUGAUGCUGUGUAGCAGUUGAAGAUAAUCCUCUCCUCUUUCUUCUUCUCCCCUUCACCCUUCAUGAGCCACGGCUACGUUGAUUCAAGAACUCACUCCUCCCCCACCACCAAGAGUCCAAAUGAAAUUCUACCCGCAGCCUGUGGACUCGCCUGAUGGUGUGCAGGCGUGGGCUCAUGAGGAUCUCCUGGAGCCCCGGUACGGAUCACACACCACAGAUCCAAAGUCCACCAUGGAUCCCUUGGACACCACCCUGGACUCCUUUCUGAGAGAUUUGCCAGCGCCCAAUUCCACAUUCGCAGAGCUCAAGCCUUUGGAACCCCUGGAUUACCUCACGGCGUCACCUGACACAUCGGCAUCUUCCCGCCAUGAUAGCUCUUCGACCUCUUCAAACUCUCCGGGGAGUCAAUAUAAAGGCGCUAUUACCAAUAACAACACAUUCCUGGGGUAUGCUGGCACACCUGAGCCAGUCAGCACAACGACGUCACCCCUCUCAGCCACAAUAAAAGCAGAGCCACCCAACCAUGGGUACUCCAUCACGCAGGAGAUUGAUGACAUCGCUUCCAUCAUCGGCAGUGCAAUUGCAGAUAACAAUAUCAAUACAAACAUCAACAGUCUUAUGUUAUCAGAAACCUUGGAGUCAAUUAACCCAACUGAAUUCCAAGACAUAGAAGAAUUCUUUGCUAGUAUGAGUGGAGGUGUCAAAGUGGAACCUGCAGAUCCCCUGAUAAAUUCAACCAUGUCCCCAACAGGACUAUCACCACAUUCCUUGCAUUCUCAAGUGCAGCAACCAACAACCACAACCAUUGCCCACAGCACCAUAGAAUAUGCUAGUACUCCUACUCAGUCGCCAAUGCUGAGUUCACUCUUGGCUGCAGGUGCUGUCACAAACAACAACUAUUUACAGGGCCUUGUGUCAGAUGUCCAGUAUAAUAAACAUGAAUUAUCCAUGCCAAUACUUCAAGCUCGCCUUACACAAGGACUGAAGGAUGUAGGUAGUGGCGGAGGGCUACUAAAGGCAGAUCCUAUGUUUGCUAGGACCACCUAUUACUCUCACAAAGAUGCCAUGCCACACACCACAGACCCUACGAGCUUUGCAGUAACUACCACUGACGACCUUCUCACUGGAAAAUAUGACUCUCGAUCUUACUUAGACAAAACUCAGCUGGCUUCUCCUGAGUCCACAGAUCUGUCCUCUACUAAACUAGGUCUAGACUUACCGGGAUUGAAGCAGAAGAACCGGAACCGCAUGAACAAAAGUACAAAACUUCCUAUCACAACUGAAGGGACCAAAGACAAACCCAUUCACAGAUGUACUGUGUGCAAUCGGGGCUUCCUUAACAAAUCCAACAUCAAGGUCCACCUCCGCACUCACACUGGAGAAAAACCUUUCAAGUGUGAGACUUGUGGUAAAGCAUUUCGACAGAAGGCUCAUCUGCUCAAACAUUACCAAAUUCAUAAGCGCGUUGCAAGGGAUUGAAGCUAAAUUCAUUGGCAAGUUUUUCGGUAGGGAGGAAGGGACCCAGCACAGGUCUUGCUUCCCUCCUUACUUCUUUUUAUUUUUAUUUAUUUCAUAUUUAUUAAUAAUAAAUAUAAAGGUGAGAUGCAAACUAAGGCCCAACCAUAUCAUGAAAUUUGCCCUCCACGAAAACAUUCUAUACUACCAGCUCACAAAUUAACGCCCCUUACGUCACAAGUUCAUUCAAAAGUCUCCUUUGAUCAUGAUCACGAUUAUUUCAUGGAUGUUCCGUUCAAUGAAUUUUUUCUAACGAAUAAAAAGUGAUAAGACAUAACUUUCAAGACGAUAGAAAAGUGAGAUGUUUUUAAUCGACUUGUCUAGUGCCUUAUUCAAUUUCAUAAACUAAGGAGGGGGAAACAAAACAGAGCAAAAGAAACAGCUAAGCCGAUGCUCACUUCACCCUUGACAUUGGCCCUGGUCUUGGACGACAUGUGCUUUGUUAGUUAAGUCAAAAAAAAAGAAGAAAAAAGAAAAAACACAGAUUAAGCCUUAAGUGAAAGCUCCAAGAUUCCAUUCUUCCCCCCUUCUCCCUUAAGUCCCCCUUUUCUCCCGCUCCCCAGCUACCCACUUAUGAAGAAAGAAAAAAUCAUUCAAGGCAUAUAUUUUUUUUUUUUACUGAAUCUAAGUUUGUUUUUUCUAUUUCUCGACUUGGCUAAAUUUAUUUCGCGUCACAAGAAUUAUUGAUGAUAAUCGACUGAACUGAAAUCAAAUAUUAAAGUAAUGAUUCGCAUUGAGCGAUACCUGAAAAAGAAUGAAGAAAAAUCAUGGAGCUGAGAAUGGGGUGCUAACGGAGGAGUAGAAGAAGGGGGAAGGGAGAAAAGGUGGGUGGGGCGGGGAUGGAGGGAGUUCUGCAGGAGAGAGCCGCUGCCGACCCACUUCUCAUGUGGGUCACCGCUGCCCACCGCCCGGAAAGGGCUGCUCUCUCACACCCGGACCUGGAACCCAACCUACUCCGUCUCCCUCCACCUCCCUCCUUCCCCCUUCCCUCCCCCGAAGGUUUCCUCCCCUUAGUUUCUUCUUCCUCCUCUAGGUGUAGGUAGGGAUUCGUUCAUAUUCUUAGGUCUUUAAAACGAUAAGGGCAAUAGUUACCAAACUCUUUGCACUUUACUGUAGGCUUCCUUUAUGUAGCCACAACUUGUAGAGUUCCGCACGAGAGCUGUGGACUUGAAUGACUCGUUGGACCUCGUCUCUUUUAAACCUGACUUCGAACGGACAGUCUUCGUGCGAAAAUUGAUUUAGGAUGAAAUGUUGCGGUGACUUAUUAAAUGAACUUUGCUUAAAUUGAUCAGAGACGUCGCUGACUAGAGACUUUAUGGAAAUGUUGAUGAUGACUGACAAAUACUGGUGACACCGUUGUUUUGAAGACUCGAAAAAUCAAAACUUGAUUCAUUGUUUGAUGGAGCUGGUGGGAUUUAUAUCUGUAUUAGUGCUUGAGCUCUAUAAUUUAUGGAAAAGAAAAAAAACUGGAGUAAAUAACUUUUGAUACAUAAAGACUAAAGUAUUGGUAAAACAAAUGACGUAACUGCUAAAUGUUUCACACAUUCAAGGAACUGACGUAGAACAAAAAUCACUGUAGGGAUGCUGAAUACUACAUCGACGUAGGACAUCGUACUCUCAUUAAUUUUUUCUGCAUUUUACUAAUGGUCUCUUACAAUUCUAAUUUCCCCCAAUUCCUCUUGCGUAGCAGUGGACGACAUACACAGGUAAUUCCCGAAAUAAACUAAAUCACUUCUCUUCUCAUCUCCCUCAGCCAGAGUUGGUUCACGAAAGCCUUUUUUUGUGAUCUGCAGAGAUCAUCGAAUUGUAAUGAAGGCCGCAUGAUUUAGCAUCAUCCCCCAAGAUUACUUUUGCUGCUGACUGUUGGUCAUUCUCCAUACAUGACAAUGCAAAUACUUUGUGUGUAUGGUAAGAACUAGCUGUUGCUACUCAUCAAAGAUAUUUAUUAUAACUUGCUGAACAAAUCAGAAAAUUAUUCGUUCGUGGCUGAAAGUGCAAAAAAAUCCUAGAAAAAUAUAUAGUUUAUGGUAAGAAUCUCAGCAAUUUUAAGUGACCCGUCUCUUCUGUGACUAGAACUUUGUGUUUUAAGUGUAUACCUGAACUUUGUGAUUAUCUUAGUGAAUUUUAGCCUCCCUCGGACGAGGCAAUUGGGUGAAAACGUGGUGGCUUGAACUUUAAGUCUCUUCCUUUUCCCGUCUAAGAUUAGUGCACCGCACUUAUUGGCUUGCAAAGUGUCAAGAAGGAAAACUGGGAUAAAUUGCUGCUGUAAGCCUUGACUCACUAAGUGGACUGAGGAACGUCUAAAGUUUUUUUUAUAUAUAUAUAAAGGUGAAUGGAGUAAAAUAGCAUGAAUAUGUAACGCUAGUAGUAGUUGGCGCAGUUGCUUGAAGUCUUGAAUCAUUCGUGAUUGGUUGGCACUCUCCGAAGUAUAUAGUGUAUUGUUUCCAGUGAAGGGCGAGUGCAAAAUGACCCCCACUGUUUCCUCCUCCGUGAUGUGGUUGCAGAUUAUGAGCGUCUGGAAUGAAUGGUAGUACCGAAAGUAUGCGUGCCUGUGGGACUACGGGCUGGUUCCCGUUUCGUCCCUUGCUAUUAUCCCUUCUUAUCCCGACUCUUUAUCGAAGCUUCCAUUUUUUUGUUAUUGUUGUUGUUCGAUUUCGUAACGAGCGAGAGCGUGUGGUGCUCGUCUUGUGUAUGCUCGAUCACUAUCCGCUACAGGCUGACUGACUGUUGCGAAUGCGCUGAGUGUGGCCCAGUUAUUUUGAAGACGAGGAUAGAGGUCAUAUGCGCCUGCCCCUUGCUGCUUCUUAUUUUUGUAAAGAAGGUUUUGCCUUUUAGAUGGUGAAAAGAAAUUGGUGGUGAUUUUGCAAUAAACUCUUAUCAAGAUAGAAGACUAUAUUUUCUAAAAUAAAUGUAACAAAUAUAGUCAUGGGGGUUUAUAUUGUAGCUUUUGUCCUUUUUAUAUAUACAUAGUGAUGAAUAUAUUUGCUACGUAUGUUUUAUUUAGAUUAUAUUAUGUGCUGUGGUGUCUUAUCGCAGAUGUUUACUAGAGGCAGAGCAUCGCACCCGAUAAUGAUCUUAAUGGUAGGUUCUAACAAGGACGUAACUCCCUUGCCUCGUUCCCACCGGUUACGCCUUGAUUAACGGGAGCUUCCAGAAUCUAAUGAAUAAUGAUAUUUCUGUGCUAAUUUGCAAUAAUGCCAUAUUAACCAAGAAUUCAGACCUCAAUCUUAUCAUGCUUUUUCACACAAUAUUUUCUGGGCUGCCCCAGAGGAUAGUAACUUCUACCAAUAUUGUACAUUACUUGAAGGUUAAGAGGUCUCAAUUCUUGCGUUGGAAGUGUUUUUGUAUAUCUUUUGUACUGUUGACCCUGAGAGGUGGAACUAAAGGUUUUAAAAAGUAUCUGAAAUAUAUUACAAAGUGUUUACGAAGACUCUGCAUGAUCUUCUAAUUUGACAUGAAAAGUCUCUCUGCCCAGUUGUUUUUUAUUUUCACUCUAUGUUGAGUCCACUUUCCCGGUACUGGACCUUUUCUAGUUUUGGUGUCCUGAAUCAAGCAAGGACACACCAGACCAAUCUGGGAAUUUCAAGUCAGAUCGAGUGAUUCACAAAUUAUCCUUAAGGUAACUUGAAGUUGUACAAGAGGGACUCGGUUACUUGAGCAGAAAGAACAUUGGUUGAUUACUAUGUCUCCGACUGUCUGUGUCUGUCUGUGCCGGAGGAGAGGACGCUCAUGAAGUCACUGUCCUUCCUCCUCCGGUCUCCUGUAACGGUAUUUAUUUGUAUUUAUUUCUUAUUUAUUAUCCACCCCCACCCCCAACCCCCAGACAUCUAACA